AUGGAUUUGGGAAACACUAUGUUAAGAGAAGAGUUAUCACACAAUAUAUACGAACUACAAUGUCAAACCAAAUGUUUGGUACAGCAAAUGAAUUAUGAUAAAAAAUUGGUAUAUGAGGCUGUUUUAGAAGCUAUGUACAAAAGAAGUGGUGGUUUCUUCUUUGUUUAUGGUCACGGUGGAAUUGGGAAAACUUUCCUUUACAAUGCAAUUAUUGGCAGUUUACGUUCAGAGGGCAAGAUAGUACUUGCAGUUGCAUCUUCUGGUAUUGCGUCACUACUAUUGCCUGGAGGAAGGACAGCACAUUCAAGUUUCAAAAUCUCAAUUAAUAUCCAUUCAGAGUCAAGCUGUCACAUUAAAAAAGGCACACAAGUGGCAAAACUUAUAAAAAAGACAUGUAUUAUAGUAUGGGACGAGGCACCAAUGACACAUCGCCACUGUUUUGAAGCUCUGGAUAGGUCUAUGAGAGAUAUGUUGACAACUGAUGAAGAACCAGCAGAGGACAAAAUUUUUGGGGGCAAAAUAGUUCUCCUUGGUGGGGAUUUUAGGCAAAUCCUUCCUGUCAUUGUAAAGGGCUCAAGAUACGACACAGUAAAGUCCUGUAUAACACAAUCUCAUUUAUGGCCUCAUCGCAAGAUCUAUGUUUUAAAACAGAAUAUGCGCCUCUCCGAUAUUGGAUUGAACAAUCAACAAAGAUCAGAAUUAAAGAAAUUUAGUGACUGGCUUUUAGACAUUAGGGAAGGUAGAGAAGCAACAAUCAAGAUCAAUGAAGACGAAGAAGUUCCCAGUUGGAUAAAGAUACCUGAAAGUUUAUUGCUCAAAUCUGAAAAGGGUGAAAUAGAAGAUAUGAUCAGAGAAAUAUAUGAGCACUUACCAUCUUUGUACAGUGAUCCCAAUUACUUAAAAGAAAGAGCAAUAAUCACAGCAACAAAUGAAGCUGUUGACAUCAUAAAUUCACAUGUCCUCAAAUUAAUACCAAUUGAACAUAAAACAUACUUAAGUUUCUACUCAAUCUACAAAUAG